AUGCCAGCCGCCGAUGAUUCACCCUCUAAGGGGAAGGAUGGGAAGCGCCCAGAGGAGUACACUAUUGAGUACUACAAAGCUCAAUAUGAGUCCAUUCAGGAGGAGCUGCACGACUUUCAGCUCUCCAGCACCGAGCUGGAGGCAGAGAUGGAAAAGGAGAUGGAGGAUAAGGAGAAGCGUGAGCGACAGCUGAGGGAGAAAGUUGACAACCUGCGCUAUGAGGUAGAGGAGUGGAAGACCAAAUACAAGCAGUCAAAGACCGAGGCGAACAAUGCGCAAAACACUCUGCAGAAGGAAAUCACCUCCCUGCGUGAUGCCAAUCGUACUUUGCAACUGAAGCUGCGUGAUAUUGAAGUUGCCAACGACGAUUAUGAGCGACAGGCCCGGAACACGACCUCGUCCCUGGAGGACUUGGAGUCCAAGUACAACGUCGCUAUCGAGCGUGGAGUUUUGCUGGAAGAGGAGAUCAGGACUGGCGAACUAGAGCGCGAAGGCUUGCGGAUUGACAACCAGCGCCUAAGAGACGAGCUGUCUGAUCUCAAGGUCGAAGCCGAGAUCGUCCAGGAGAAGCUACGACACACCGAGGGCCAUGGGUUCCGUCGUCGCAAGCCGACACCCUUGUACCGCAGCCCAUCCACUCCACAGACCCUAGAGAUUUUCGAUCGGUCUCCUGGACCGGGUACUUCAUCUCCGGUGUUUUCGACUCCUCCACCCAAGUCGACCUUGGCCUCUUCAACCGCAACUCCUCCCUCACCGCCCAUCUCCGAGGCCUCUACCAACUUCCGCAAGUCCAUCAACGCUACCCCGACAUUCCCUCGAACCCGGGCGACUGGCGCGGAACCGGUCAACUCGCGGACUCUGCACAAUGCCAGAACCCAGCCGGCUCGGCCUACUCCUCACUCGCGCGCCUCAUCUCUCGCUUACAGUAACAGCGGCUACAGUAAUGGUGGUCGCUCUACCCCCUCCAUGUCCUACUCUUCCCGCAACAGCCUGUCCAGGUCGACCACCUCCCGGCCUUCGGGUCUUCCUAAAUCUGGCUCACUGUACCAGAUCCGAGGACUCAUUGGCAAGAUGCAGAAAUUGGAGGAACGCGUCCAGUCUGCCCGGUCCCGUCUUCCAGCACCCUCAGAGACCUCUUCUCGGGGAUCUCCCCGCUCCCGUCAAGGUUCAGUGAUGGGGGAUAGUCCCGUGGCAUCGACCAUCACUGUGCGGAGUCGCAAGCGAAUGAGUGGCAGUAGCUAUGGUUCAUCCGUUCGGGAUAGCGAGAGCGCCCCUUCAUAUAUCCCUCAAGGCCGCCAGUCAGUCGGUGCUCGUACCGGUGACAGUCGACCGAGCAGCAGAACGAGCUACUCCAGUCGGAGCUCGUUCAGCCAAAGUGUACAUUCCGGAGUGCCGAUUGGUCGCCCCGAAAGUCGGCAGAGCCGCCCUGGUGCCAAGACGCCCCUCGGCCACUACUCAACCAACCCCACGACGGAGAGUCGCCGACCCCGGUCCUCUCUGAGCAACCACAAUGGACAGACACCGUCCGUGGGAAGCAUGUCCAAUAUUGAUGAGGACCACGACAUUUCCACCCCGACCGUGUCCCGUAUUCCAAAGGAUAUGCGGCGACCCUCCGUCUCGGCCACGACUUCUGGUAUUAAGAAACGUACUACCAGCGGCAUGUCGGCUAUUCCCACGCCCCGCAGCUUUAAGACGAGUAUCGGGCCGGGAGCCAUGCCUCCACCGCUUGAACGGAAGCAAAGUGACCUUGGAGAGACCUAUUAA